GAGAGGAUGAGCACCCAUACAUCUGGAGGUCCCCACUUAACAGGGAGGGGUUUAUUUUUCAAAUUUAUUUGACUUAAUAAGCAAUUGGACCCCUCAACUUUGGCUACUUUGCCGGCAAAAAUAUUCAUAUGGUGUAGCCGACAUGUAAGUCAAUUUCCCAGAUUAUAACUGAUGCUCUAGCCCGUAUUCACAUUGCUCUGAAAAAGGGUCCCAAAAACUGAAUUCAUGAAAUUACGGGAGGGAGUACUAACAAUGGGAAGAGAUGCAAAACAGGGAAGUUGAUUUGACUUCUUGCCUACACGAAAUUGCAAAGCAUUUAUUACCCUGUUACACGACUUAAAACAACCCACGUUUUGUUUAUGAGACACGAGUUCCAUUACUACCCCAGCCCAGAUUGCGGUGAUGACAAAUAUAAUGAAUUGUCCUCAUUCCAUUUUGAAGAAGACUAAUUAGCAACCAUGACAAUCACUUUGGCUCUCCCAUCGGUCACUGUAACCAUAGUCUCUGUUUUGUUACUGUUGGUUUUUGCAUUGGGUGUGCAAGAUGACGGUUACACAUCUAUGGAAACUUAUGGCGAGGGGCUCAUGGAUGCCGCUAAGAGCGAUAUUCAAUGGUUGAAAUCUGUGAGGAGAAGAAUUCAUGAGUACCCAGAACUCAUGUUUGAGGAAUAUAACACAAGUACCCUUAUCAGAAGUGAGCUGGAUAGAAUUGGGGUGUCAUAUGAGUGGCCGUAUGCAAAGACUGGUUUGGUGGCUCAGAUUGGUUCUGGGUUGCCUCCUGUUGUUGCUCUCAGGGCUGACAUGGAUGCUUUGCCUAUACAAGAGCAAGUGGAGUGGGAGCACAAGAGCAAAAUUGCCGGAAGAAUGCAUGCCUGUGGGCAUGAUGCACAUGUCACUAUGCUUCUUGGGGCUGCCAAACUGCUCCACCAACGGAAGGAUAAGCUUAAGGGCACUGUGAGACUUAUAUUCCAACCUGCAGAAGAAGGGGGAGGAGGUGCUGAUCUUAUGACCAAAGAAGGUGCACUUGCAGGUGCUGAGGCAAUUUUCGCAAUGCAUAUUGAUCAGUCCUUGCCAACCGGAACCAUCUCCUCCAGACCAGGGCCACUAUGUGCUGCUGCAACUAUGUUUGAAGCAACUAUAGAUGGCAAAGGUGGGCAUGCAGCAUUUCCACACAUGAAUGUAGACCCUGUUGUUGCUGCAUCAUUUAUAGUUUUGAGCCUGCAGGAGAUCAUUUCUCGAGAAACAGAUCCUCUGCAGAGCCAGGUGCUAUCCAUUGGGUUUAUCAAUGGUGGUGAGGGGCAUAAUGUUAUUCCUACCACUGUCAAAUUUGGAGGCACUUUGAGAAGCUUUACAACAAAAGGUCUCAUCAAUCUUAAGAAAAGAGUAAAGGAGGUAAUCGAAAGUCAAGCUGUUGUUCACAGAUGCGUGGCUUCUGUAGAUUUUUUGGAAGAUCGCUACAAAAUGUUCCCAGCUAUAGAAAAUGAUGAAAACUUGCAUAAUCAUAUAAUGGACGUUGGAGCAACCCUGCUUGGUUCAAAUAAUGUAAAAAUUGCAUUUCCACUAAUGGGAGGUGAAGAUUUUUCAUUCUAUCUACAAAGCAUUCCAGGUGUAAUGUUUCUCAUUGGAAUUAGAAAUGAAAGCAUUGGAUCAGUCCAUUCUCCACACUCCCCAAUGUUCUUUCUGGAUGAAGAUGUACUUCCUAUAGGAGCAGCCUUGCAUACUGCUAUUGCAGAAAGUUAUCUUGGCAAGCAUAGCGACCACAUAAAUGAAUGUCCAGAAACGAGGCAUACUGAGUUAUAAGUAUGCUAAAUUUGCCUGGGUUUUUCUUUUCCAUUGUGUAAUUUCUGCACUUCCCUGAUUAUUGAUCCUUGUGAAAUGUUGUAUUCUGGAUUUAUGGUAACUAAGAAUUGAAUGAUCAGUUAACUUUUUUUUGCAAA